CGAAGAUACUCCUCGUUCUCAGCGCCUGCCUUCGCGCGGCGUCCGUCGGUUUGUCCGUUUCCUUGCGUCCGCUUCUGGAGAGGACUCGGUGCCGGCCGGGGACAGAACCAGGCACCGAGGGGCGACAGGAUCCGGGAGGAGGAGGGAGAGCUAAGGCAGCGAGGGUAGGAGGACCCCGGCAGGCGACAGGAUGAAAUUCAGCCCAGCGCACUACUUGCUGUCUCUCCUGCCUGCGCUCGUCCUCAGCACCAGACAGGACUAUGAGGAACUGGAAAGGCAGCUGAAAGAAGUGUUUAAGGAAAGAAGCACCAUUCUGUAUCAGCUGGCAAAGACAUCAAGAGAACUUGAUGGAAUUAAAAGCAACCUUAGGUCUUUGAAAAGUGAAGAGAAAUUUGCCAAAAGUAAUGUUGAGAAGCUUCUGGAAAUAGGUGAGAGACAAAGAGAACAAAUGAAGUCUCUCGAGGAGACCCUGCAAAAUCAACUUAAAGAGGCAAAUGAGAAAGUCGAUAAACAACAGACUACUAUUAAUUUUUUAAAGAAUGAAGUGGAAAGAAAGAACAAAAUUAUCCGAGAUCUCCAGAGUGAGAAUAAAAGCCUGAAAAAUAAGCUGUUGUCAGGAAACAAGAUGUGUGGCCUCCGUGCAGAAGAGUCAAGAAAAAUCCAAGCCCAGCUGAAGGAACUUCGUUAUGGGAAAAAAGAUUUAUUACUGAAGGCCCAACAGCUGACUGAGCUGGAGCAGAAAUUAGCUGCAGCCAAAAAUGAGCUGGAGAAGGCAGCUCUUGAUAAGGAGUCACAGAUGAAAGCAAUGAAAGAGAUGAUACAUCUCUGCCUGUCAACUGUUCUCCAUAAUCCACCUUCUCCUUAUAGUUUAAGCAAGCUAAGUUCAACUCACGUAGGAGAUCCAUACAGGGAAAUGGACUCUGCAAUUCAAGAAGCAAACACACGUGAGCCGCCUCAAGAAUACAUUACUGGAAACAAUGAGACUUCUGAAGUUGGAACAUCUGUGGAACAAAAUCCAAACCCCAUUGCAUGUGAUUCUGAAAAUAAUGACAGCAACUGUUCAACGAAGCAAGAAUAUACCCCAACCAGUAGCAGUAGCAAAUCAGAAACUGCCCUGCAGAAAUUGCAAAUACCUUCUUGUACUGAAUGCAAGUCGGAAAAAACCCAGGAAAAGGAAUUGACCAGUUUCGAAGGAAGGGCAACUAGAGAAGAGAAGAUACUGUAAAUACUAAGAAACUGUGUUCAAAACAUUCAUUUGCUAUUGUCUUCAUACUCUUUUUAGAUCACAGAGUUGAUGGAAAUACUAAGUUUUUAAAGCAUGCAAAUUUUUCACAAUUUUAUGUAACUUUAUAAGGUAGUCUGCAAAUUUUCCAAAAUAUUCCAAACUAAUUAUGAUCCUUAAGCAAUAACCUAAUUAAAAUGGAUACCCACGGUCACAAAUAGUCGUUGUCAUCAGUAAAUUGCCCAGUAUUAAUUGAUCUGUUUCAAAUUUAAAUGCAAUAUAACAUUUAUUUCUUCUGUCUUGUUUGGGUACAUGUACUUCUCAGAUCUAAUCUUUGAAAUCAAUUGAGAUAUAUAU